UUAAGAUUUAUUUUGCGUUUCUUAUCAUAAAUUACGUCUGGCAAUGACAGUGAGUCAGUUGUGGUAGUAAACAUUUCAUGAUUCAUAAACUUUAUUUUUAAAAUUCUAUAAAUUUAGCUCUCAUAAAAUCACUGCAAAUCAUGCUGCCUCUAAAUAAAAAACUUUGGAAAACAAUGAAAUGGGGUGCAAUUAUAGGACUUGGAAUUGAUGCUGUAAGUCUAGCGGGUGGCUACUAUCUAUAUCAUCAAUUAACUCGAUCUAGAGAUUUUAGGUAUAAGGUUUUCAAUUAUGAUCCUCGAAUUCUAGAUGUUUAUUAUCGAGCAAAUGAAAAAUAUGGAGAUGGAAAGAUUAGACAUGAAGAUCUUGAAAAAUGGGGUGUACGAGAAAUUAAAAGCUUUGAAAAUCUCAGCUUAUUUGGUUUAUGAAAUGUUAGGUUGUGUGUUAAUCAGAGUGCUGUAAAUAGGAGUUAUUGUAGAAAUAUGUUAUAACUUAAUAAAAAGUAUUUUUUAA